AUGCUGACGGUGGCUAGCGAGGACCAAAAUUUGUAUUCUUUUGAUCUCAGAAAACUCAGCCAGCCCCGUACUGUACACAAAGACUUCGUUAACGCGGUUCUGGACGUGGAUUACUCUCCAACAGGAAAGGAGUUUGUUGCUGCUUCUUUUGAUGGAAGCAUUCGCAUAUUUAAAACAGAAGAAGGAACAAGCAGAGAUGUAUAUCAUACCAGACGCAUGCAAAGACAUCACCACGUGCCGAAGCUGAUAAAGAAGACGCAGGAAAAGAAAAGGAUUAUGAAGGAGGCAGCGAAACGAAGGAAGAAGAAAAAGAAGAAGAAGGAGAAGAAGAAGAAGAAGAAGAAGAAAGAGAAGAAAGAGAAGAAGAAGAAAAAGGAGAAGAAGAAAGAGAAGAAGAAGAAAGAGAAGAAAAAGAAGGAGAAAGAGAAGAAGAAGGAGAAGAGAGAGAAGAAUAAAAAGAAGGAGAAAAGGGAGAAGAAGAAGAAGAAGAAGAAGGAGAAGAAAGAGAAGAAGAGUGACAAGAAGGAAACUGCGCGAAAUGUGAAAAAGAAGAAGACGGAGAAAAAGGAGAAGAAGAAGAAGAAAAAGAAGAAGAAAAAGGAGAAGAGAGAGAAGAAGAAGAAAGAGAAGGAGACGAAGAAAAAGAAGAAGAAAGAGAAGAAGAAAGAGAAGAAGAAGAAAGAGAAGGAGACGAAGAAAGAGAAGAAGAAAGAGAAGAAGAGAGAGAAGAAGAAGAAAGAGAAGGAGAAGAAGAAAAAGAAGAAAGAGAAGAAGAAGAAAGAGGAGAAGAAAAAGAAGGAAAAGAAGAAGAAGAAGAAAGAGAAGAAAGAGAAGAAGAAGAAGAAAAAGAAGAAGAAGGAGAUAGAGAAGAAGAAGAAGGAGAAGAAAGAGAAGAAAGAGAAAGAGAAGAAAGAGAAGAAGAGUGACAAGCAGCAGCAGCAACAGCAGCAACAGCAGCAACAGCAACAGCAGCAACAGCAGCAACAGCAGCAACAGCAGCAACAGCAGCAGCAGCAGCAGCAGCAGCAGCAAAAAAACCCACGUAUCGCUUCUUGGCCUUCAUGA